AUGGGAGUCAACGGCCUCUGGACCGUCCUGCAGCCCUGCGCCCGCCCGACCAACCUCGCGACCCUCAACCGCAAGCGCCUCGCCGUCGACGCAUCCAUCUGGAUCUACCAGUUCCUCAAGGCCGUGCGCGACAAGGAGGGCAACGCCCUGCGCAACUCGCACGUCGUCGGCUUCUUCCGCCGCAUAUGCAAGCUGCUCUGGUACGGCAUCCUGCCCGUCUUCGUCUUCGACGGCGGCGCCCCGUCCCUGAAGCGCGCGACGCUGCAGGGCCGCCGCCGCAGGCGCGAGGGCCGCCGCGAGGACGCCGUGCGCACGGCGGGCAAGCUGCUGGCGGUGCAGAUGAAGCGCAUCGCCGAGGAGGACGAGGACAAGCGGCGCAGGGAGAGGGCGAGGGAGAGGGCGGAGGCGGAGGCGGCGGACGGCGUGGCGGCGGGCGAGGCGCUGCCGAGCAUGGACAACAUCGUGUACGCCGACGAGGCGCACAUGUCGCAGCAGGAGCGGCAGAAGAGCCGCAGGUUCCACCGGCAGGACGCGUACCACCUGCCCGAGAUGGCCAACGGCAUCGAGGCCAUGGGCCGGCCCGACGACCCGCGCAUCAUGAGCAUCGACGAGCUCGAGGCGUACGCGCGCCAGUUCCACGACGGCGAGGACGUCAACCUGUACGACUUUAGCAAGAUCGACUUUGACGGCGAGUUCUUCAAGAGCCUGCCCGCCGCCGACCGGUACAACAUCCUCAACGCGGCGCGCAUCCGGAGCCGCCUCCGCAUGGGCCUGAGCAAGGAGCAGCUCGAGGACAUGUUCCCCGACCGCAUGGCCUUCUCGCGCUUCCAGAUCGAGCGGGUCAGGGAGAGGAACCACCUGACGCAGCGGCUCAUGUACGAGGCGGGCAUGACGGGCACGGACCUGACCAUCGGCGUCAACGCGCGGGUCGCGGGCGAGAAGGACCGCGAGUAUAUCCUUGUCAAGAACGAGGGCGCCGAGGGCGGCUGGGCGCUGGGCGUGGUCAGCAAGGAGAAAGACCGGGGCGAGAUACACAAGCCGAUUGACGUCGAUGCUUUGCAAUUUCAGUAUCAGACCAAGGAGGAGGACGAGGACUGGGAGGAUGAGGAUGACUUCGAGGACGUGCCUAUCGAGGGUCUGAACCGGCUGCCAAAGCUGCAUGCUAAGGAGGUGGCGUAUCGCCAGGGCGAUGCGGAUGCUGGAGCCAAUCCGGACUCCAUGUUUGUGGACCAGCCCGCCGUGGAUGACCUUUUUGAGGAGCCUGUGGAAAAUACGUUGGAGGCAGAUGAGGAUGAGGGCCUGGAGCGUGCCAUUGCCCUUUCUUUGCAGAACCAGCAUGGCGUCGGCGGUGCUGAGGACGAAUCCGCAGAGGAAGAAUUUGAGGACGUCCCGGCGCCUCAGUGGGAGCAGAAAGCGGUGGCUGAGGCGAGGCCGAUCACUGGCACUCGCGGCCGCACGGUCGCCAAUAUCGUCAAUAGCCGUGCGAACGCCGCAGUGCCCAAGAGACGUGAGAGCAAGAGCCCCGGCAGCGACAGCGACAGCGAUGUCGAUCUCGGCGCCGCGCUCGCUGCCGCGAGGAAGAAGAAGGCGGCCGCGCCCGCAGCCGCCAAGACUGUGCAGCCUGCGCCUGUGCGGCCCAAUGUCAAGAAUCCUUUCGACGGCCCGCUGCCGUUUGAGAAGCUCGACUGGCGGACGUCCAUCUUUGAGAGGAAGCCCGGUGGGGCGAAGCCGAGCGCUCAAGCAGGGGUGGCGGCUGGCAAGGACGCUGCGGAGACCGGGGCCGGAUCAGAAGACGGUGAAGAUGAAGAGCUCGCCGGCGGGUUCGAAAGGGCGGCGGGGGACCAGGACGCCCCGAGGCCGCUGCCGCCGUGGAUGGUCGACAACACGGACAUCCGCGAGUCGCUCAAGAAGCAGCAGGAGGCGCACGAGGAGAUGGACGCCGAGGACCGGGCCGAGGCGCUGGAGCAGCAGCGGUUGUAUCGCAAAUACCAGCAAGACAGGGUCGUCGAGAUCGAGUCCUCGGACGACGAAAGUGAUGUCGAGAUUGUGGAUCCUCCGACGCCCAAGGAGGGUUCUGCGGCGGCUGGGGUUUCUGAAGAGGUUAUGGAAGAACAAGCUCCGGGCGAGCCUGUGCUGGUGGAAGAGCACAAUUCGCCCACCGUCCCUGCUAUGGAGGAGGGCAGAGCUACCGUGGAGAGCCCUCGAGAUUUUAUGGAGGAGGCACCUGGAUCUUUGACUGCUUCUCAGCGUGAAAAGGCCAAUGCUCGGUCACCAUCUCCCGAGGAUGUUGAAUUUGAAGAUGUGGAUAUCGCUGAGCAAGCAGGUCAUGAAGCGCCACCGUCUGAGGCUGUUGAACAGGUAGAACCUGAGACAACGGCAGAAGAGACAGCCCCUGUCACGCUCGAGGACACUGUCAUACCACCGCCGGCUCAGCAAGAUCGCGUAGAAGGCCUUGCAGAGCCGGUUGACGAUGCAGACAUGGCCCUCUUUGCGGACGGCGACGACGAUGAGUUCAGCGAUCCCGAAGAGGAGGAACUUCUCGUCCAAAUGGCAGAAGAGGCGGAGGAACAUGCUCGCUUCGCCAGCACACUGAAUCACAAGUCUACAGAAGAGAACCAAGAGGCCUACGAGAGGGAGCUGCGCGCCCUGCGGACCCAGCAGAAGAAGGACAGGCGGGACGCAGACGAGGUCACGCAGAUCAUGGUCACGGAGUGCCAGACGCUCCUGCGCCUGUUUGGGAUCCCGUACAUCACGGCGCCGAUGGAGGCCGAGGCGCAGUGCGCGGAGCUGGUGCACCUGGGGCUCGUCGAUGGCAUCGUCACCGACGACUCGGACAUCUUCCUCUUUGGCGGCACGCGCGUCUACAAGAACAUGUUCAACGACAACAAGUUUGUGCAGCUGUACCUCAGCAGCGACCUGGAGAAGGAGCUGUCGCUGUCGCGCGAGCAGCUCAUCGCCAUCGCGCAGCUGCUCGGGUCCGACUACACGGAGGGCCUGCACGGCGUGGGCCCCGUCACGGCCGUGGAGAUCCUGUCCGAGUUCCCGGGCGCCGACGGCCUCGCCGAGUUCAGGGACUGGUGGCAGGAGGUGCAGAAGCAGCCCCUGCCUAAGAAGGGGGCGCCGGACGCCGCGGCGACGAAGCAGUCGUCCGCCUUCCGCCGCAAGUUCCGCAAGUCCCAGGCGGCCAAGCUGUUCCUGCCGCCCGGGUUCCCGAACCCGGCGGUGGCGGAGGCCUACCUGCGCCCGGAGGUGGACAAGGACCCGGAGCCGUUCCAGUGGGGCGUGCCGGACCUCGACGCGCUGCGGACGUUCCUCAUGGCGACGAUCGGGUGGAGCCAGGAGCGCACAGACGAGGUGCUGGUGCCCGUCAUCAAGGACAUGAACCGCCGCGAGGCGGAGGGCACGCAGAGCAACAUCACGCGGUUCUACGGCGGCAGCGCGGGGACGGGCGCGGCCAAGGAGGUGUUUGCGCCGAGGCAGAGGGCCGGUGCAGGAGGAGGGGCUGGCAAGGGCAGCAAGGCUUCGUCUUCUUCUACUUCUACGAGGGGGGGCAGCAGGCGGAUGGCCGAGGCUGUGAGUAAGCUGCGGACUGCUAAGAGCGGCGCUGGCGCUGGCGAUGCUGCUGCUGCCGCGGCGGCGGAUGGGAGCGGCAGGAAGAAGACCUCGUCACAGCAGGGGCGGAAGCGCAAGGCGAGAAACGCCGUCGUCGUUACUGAUGAGGAGGAAGCUGGCGAUGACGACGACGGAGGUGACCACGAAGCGGGUGUUGACGAUGGUGCUGGUGCGGGUAGAGGAAGGGCCAAGAAGGCCAAGGCAUCGGCUUAG